UCUGGGUCAUUCUUUGCGACACAAACCACUUCGUCAAGCAAGACUCGGACGCGAAAUCCCCGUACAGAUGCCACUUUAGCCGCUCCGGAAUUACUGAAGGCGAUAGCUCCUACAAAUCGAUAAAGGGGAAGGACACGAAUCCAGAAGCGGUAACUAUCAGUUGGAGAGACUCUGAUCUUGGUAAGGUUAAGACAAGUCAAGUGGAAAUGAUCAAAAGAUAUGCAUCCACGAUCACGCUCAACCCUCGCUUCAUUGACAGCAUUCGCAAGGCCGGCUGGAAUAGAUUCAACAAGGAGCGUAGCCAGAAAGCGAUGAGUCCUGACCUAGCAGAAAAGGUGGGCAAGGGCCUAGAGAACUUUUCGAACCUGUUCUUCAAGGCUUUUGGUACGACUACAGAGUUCCGUUCGGAUGUAGAUAUUCUUUCGACACUCGAGGUUACCGUUCUACACGAGUUGAUGCACACGCGAGCCGGAGAGCAUGCCGACGACGCACCUUUCGGGAAGUGUUACCUGUGGGACAACAUCCUGAAAGCCAAGAAUGAGAAUAACGCAGAAAGCCUCGCUUACUUGGCUAUGAUCAUCCAGCUAAUCAACAACUUCAAGCUUCACGUUACCCAAGCAGGCAAGGUCAUCGGGAUUGGAAGCUGAAGGGUUCGGGCGCUCCGACACGGGGGGGAAGCAGGGUCCGGAACCCCAGAUGAGCUAUUGAAGGAGUUGGUGUAGGAACCGUUGGAAGAUAGUCAUACGGCGUGUCGCGUGGUUGUAUUGGUGUGCGAUCCCUAUUUCGUAUCCCACGUAAGUGGGACACACCUCAAUCCUCGGCUCGCGGCCUGGGUCAACC